AUGUCUGAAGACCAUGAAUACCUUUUCGAAACCCCUACAGAGUCGUCAUCUCCCGACGCUGAUGGGAAAUUCGAGAAUACUCAGCCAGAAGUGCCGACCCAAGACUCUAUACUCGAGAACUGGGAGGACGACUCUCUGGGAUACAACUCUCGGAAACGGUCGGAAACACCUCCCGAAAAUAUUAGGGCAGGUGAUGAAGCAAGGUAUGCCGAGCAAGAGGAAAGAGCAGCGAAGCGCGCGGAUCAUGACAUGGACUACCAGGAGAAAUCAUCAACCAAGAGCAUCUCAGACUAG